UUCUCAGUAAUGAACUGAAAUCAAAUAAAAUAUUAAAUCAUAAUUUGCCAAAUCAGUGAUCUCAUAAAGAAGUUUCUAUUAUUGAAUCAUUGCCAUGAAUGGAAAACUCAGGGUCUAUUAGUUAAUUUUUUAAGUUUACCGAGAACAUGGAAAUUAUUGGACAUCCUAUAGAAAAGAAAACCCAAAAAUCUCCCAAUGGAUCUGUUCGUGUUCCUAAAGAUCAAGAAGAGGAUUCAGAAAUCUGUGACAUCAAAACUGAAAAUGUAGAUAUUUUUGAAGAGUUUAUCGAUGGAAAUCUAGUUCUUGAUAGGAGGAAAUUCAUGGAAAAACAUAGGAGUAAUGUUAUUAGAAGCACUGAUUCUUUGGAACAAAAUUCUUUUCCUCCUAUUAAAAUUGAGGAAACUCUGGAGGAAAUAAAUUGUAAAUACAUUUCGGAACAGUUUAUUGACAAACAAUUCAAGUGUCAUAUUUGUGAGUUCACUUCUACAAAAAAAUAUCAUCUGAAAAGACAUUUGGAUUCUGCUCAUAUCAAUUCAAAAAAGCAUAAGUGUGACUUGUGUGAGUAUGCUUCAAAUCAAAAGUACAAUCUCAAAAACCAUGUAGAUUCUGUUCAUUCAAAGUUGACGCUACAUAAAUGUCAUAUUUGUGGUUUUGCUUCGAAUUAUUCACUAACUAUAAAACGCCAUCUAAGUUCAGUUCAUUUAAAUUUGAAGGAACAUAAGUGUCAGUUAUGUGAGUAUGCUACAAAUCAGAAAUAUCGUCUCAAAACGCAUUUCGAUUCUGUUCAUUUGAAAUUAAAGCAAAAUAAGUGUAAUUUAUGCGAUUAUGCUGCAAAUCAGUAUUCCGAUCUUAACAAACACAUACAGAUGUGCCAUUCAAAUUUGAAGCAAUACAAGUGUCAUUCAUGUGAUUAUGCUACAAAUUGGAACUAUUAUCUUAAGACACAUAUGAAGACACAUUUUAAUUCCAAGCAGAACAAUUGCCACUUGUGCGAGUAUUCUUCAAAUCGGAAGUAUGAUCUCAGAAGACAUGUAGAUUCUGUUCAUUCCAAAGUGAAGCUACAUAAUUGUCACUUAUGUGAGUAUAGUACAAAUCAUAAAUCUUGCCUUAAAAGACACAUAGACUUUGUUCAUUUGAAUUUGAAACCAUACGAGUGUCAUUUAUGUAAUUUUGCUUCAAGGCUGAAAAGUUCUCUGAAAAGACAUGUAGAGUCUGCUCAUCCUAACUGAAAAAUAUUUGACUUAGCCAUUUGCUAACCCUUUCAGAUUUUGUGUUUAAAAUUAUGUAUACAUUUUUAAAAAUAUAUUGAACGUUAAGAAAUAUUCAAUUAUGUAUUUGUAUAUCCACAUAAAAGGUACUAAUAACGGUUACUAAUAACAAAAUAUUCAUAUGAUGAACAAUAAUCUGAACAUUAAAAUGACAAGAGGAGUGGUUACCGAAUAUAACCAGAAUAAAAGUAUGGUUGUUCUUGUAGCAGAUAAAGCACCGAAGUUUGAGGAAAUGGUCACCACUUUUUAAGAAAUGUGAUAUAUACGGACUGUCAACUUACUAAUCACAGUAACGAAAGAGAUAUACGAACCAUAACCUUAAUUGUUAUAUUUAAUAUAUAUUAUAAUAUUGUUAUUAUAUAUAUGUAUAUAUAUAUGUUGUUUAAUAGCGAUGUGAUCUAUUAAAUUGUAUUAAUAAAAUAUGAAAAUUUGAUAUAUUGUUUAAUUCCAAUAUGCAGCAGAUUCUCAUAGUAUGAAAAUUUUCAAAAAUCCUAUCUAAUAGCCUGACAUUACCAAUCAUCGGU